CACAUCACUAUAUCAGCCACUUUUGCACCACUUCACGAAUGAAAGCGGCAACGAAACACCCACACCGCCGGGUUCUAAUUUUUAACACGACAGACGAGUCGGUGCCGUGGCACCCUUGCUUCUAAUUUUUAACACGACAGACGAGUCGGUGCCGUGGCACCCUUGCAUCGCCGACUUCGACACGGUAAUUGAACAACACGCUCGGCCGAUGAAGUCGGCGACGGGGCACUGAUCCGGCGCCGAGAUUAGCAGGGUAACGACUCGUCUUUUUGUUACGUACGUUCGCAACUUCAUUUCCGAGGCAGUGGGAAGCGAGAGUUUUAGAGAGAGAGAGAGAGAGAGAGAGAGAGAGAGAGAGAGGGAGCUUGCGAGUCGCGAGAGAGAAGGGCCAUGGCGGGAGGGGGAGCGCUCCAACUCCUCCCCUCGAUCCCCUCCACCGCUCGCUUCCUCCUCCGCUCCGCCGCCGCGUUUCGCCCAGCUUCCCGACGCGCCGCCGCCGCCGCCGCCGCCGCCACCGUCGGCGGCGUCUCUGGCCCGGCGCCUCGCUCUCCCCCUCGCCCCUCCUUUGUGCGUGCUCCCCAAGCCCGCCUCCAAUCCAACUUUUCUGGCACGGAGGCUGAGAGCCACGAACCGUUGGGACAGUCUGAAAUAAUCUUUUUAGGCACAGGAACUAGUGAAGGUAUUCCUAGAGUGAGCUGCCUCACUAAUCAGUCGAAGACCUGUCCUGUUUGCUCAAAAGCAACUGAACCAGGCAAUAGAAAUAGGAGACGUAACACGAGCAUUCUUUUACGUUAUACCAGCUCUGCAGGAAGAUUUAACAUUCUCGUCGAUGCUGGCAAAUUUUUCUACCAUAGUGCCCUCCAGUGGUUUCCUACUUUCGGGUUACGACAAAUUGAUGCAGUCCUCAUCACCCAUUCUCAUGCAGAUGCAAUUGGAGGUCUUGAUGAUCUCCGUGACUGGACAAACAAUGUCCAACCCUACAUCCCGAUUUAUGUGCCCAAACGCGAUUUUGAGGUAAUGAAGAAGACCCAUUACUAUUUAGUCGAUACAAGUGUAGUAGUACCUGGUGCUGCAGUUUCAGAGUUGCAAUUUAAUAUAAUUGAGGAGGAACCGUUUGUCGUUCAUAACCUGAAGGUGACUCCUUUACCUGUUUGGCAUGGUGGCGGCUAUCGUUCUCUUGGUUUUCGCUUUGGUGAUAUUUGCUAUAUAAGUGAUGUCAGUGACAUACCGGAAGAAACUUACGAGCUUCUCAAAAAUUGCAAGCUUCUUAUUUUGGAUGCACUAAGACCGGACCGUUCUUCUUCAACACAUUUUGGUUUACCAAGGGCUCUGGAUGAAGUCCGGAAAAUCAAACCAGCGAGAACUCUUUUCACUGGUAUGAUGCAUUUGAUGGACCACGACAAAGUAAACGAAUAUCUCGCCAAGCUGAUGGAAACAGAGGGUCUCGAUGUCCAAUUGAGCUACGAUGGCCUCCGCGUACCUGUAAACGUCUAGACUACGGCAUUCUCUCAAAUUUUCUUUACUGAUUCUUUUUUUCCACAACAAUAAUGUUUAAUCUACAUGAAGCUUGUGAAAGAAAUAAAUUUGUCUCAAUUUUGAAUCCUUUAAGAAGGGGUCAGAUGAUCAUGCCAUGUAACCUGCUCAGAUUAUUGGCCUAAUGCCUGCCACUUUGUAUUGAUUCUUUUGCAUAAUAAGAUUUUGUGGAUGGUGAGAAUAGAGCCACUUUGUAUUGAUUCUUUUGCAUAAUAAGAUUUUGUGGAUGGUGAGAAAA